AUGUCGGCGGUUAGCAGCCUAGCAAUGGGCAAUGCAACUGCACUAGGACUAAGACACGUUGCCGCAUCUCAUGCGUAUAACAGCGCUGCCAACAACAACAGCAGCAACAACACAAGCAUCAGUUUGCAACAGAGUGGUGCUGGUGGUGGUGGUGGUGCUGGUAUUGGUGAUGGUGCUGGUAUUAGUGUGGCCUCACACCACGCACAUUCACAUCCACAAUCCAAAUCGCAAUUGCAAUCGCACCACUCACAACAACAGCAACAACAACAACAGCAACAACACCACUAUUCUAGCAUUCAAGUUCAAUUGGGUGCCGGUGGUGGGGUCGCUGGCGGCGGCGGCGGCUGCGUUGAUGAUUUCAGUAGCUCCUCAACCAACACCUCUUCUUCUUCCUACGCAGCGCAUCAUGCGCUUUUCAACACGCAUCACCACCAGUCCCAACUAAGGCGCGACGAUAACCUCGCCAAAACUAGCUGAAAGUCAUAUCGCGAGCAGCAAGCCCAGCAACAACAGCUUAAGAAGAAGCUAACAGUGGCCAAGCGUGGCCGAAACAUGCAACACAUCGCCAGCAGCAACAAAUUGCCAAGGAACAACAGUUACAGCAAGAGCAACAAAAAACAGCAACCCCAACAACAACAACAAACACACAUAUACAAAAAGCUAAAGCAAACGGCCGUUAGCUUUCAGCAGCUGCGUGACAAUCAAGAUGACGAUCUCAGCAGCAGCGACAGCAGCUCCACAUUUUCAUCGUCCUCGCCGCAGCAUUCGUCGUUGGACUACGAGGCUGAGGACGAGAACGAGGAUAAGCAGCGACUGCGGCGUCACAAGGAUGAGAAUGAUAGUUUAAUACAUGUGCAGAACUUUCUCAAAUGCUUUGGUGCCAAUGCUUUUGCAGGCGCUGCAGCAAGAACAACAACAGCCAUAGCAACAACAGCAACAAUAACAACAACAUCAACGACAGCAGCCGCGGCAACAAAAGUCGUCAUAUCGCCAAAUGCAGCUCUGCGUAGUUGGCGCCAAAGUUAUCGCACUUCAAACAUUACAAUUACACCCACAGUAGCAGCAGCAGCAGCCACAACACAGCAAACUCAUUUUUCUAAUAGCAAGCCACAAAAAUUUCAAAUCAAUACAAAAUUUUUACGUAAGCCGCGCAACAAACUGAUGAAGUUGCUGCCCACAACAACAACAUUGACACAGCAGCAACAACAGCAAGAAGCACAGCAAACGCAGCUAUUUAUCGAUGAUUCCAACGCCAAAUUCAAAGACUUUUCAAUCGACUCGCUAUUGAAUAAGUAAACGUAACACAAUUACAAACUAGCCCUAUUAUUUGUAGCAUAAUUCUUCACACACACUCAUCCACAAACCGCGUUCCUAGAGUCCCAUCCACUAUGACAGAUAUAUUGUAUAUUUUCGUUUAGCCAAUCGUACAGGACGUAACACAUACAUAUUAACAUAGCAAUCGAAUAUUACAUUAUUAUU